AUAGAAUCAAAACCCGGAGAGAUAUCGGAGGGAGAGGCCUAUUUCAUGGGGAGCGGCAACGCCACUUGGCCACCCUUCGCAGGCGGCGAUCACUCUGUUUCUUCUUCUUCCCAAUCCAAUUUUCUAUCAAUAUUACUCUUUUGCCAUCAGAAAAUUGUAACUUUUAUCCUUGUUUUUUUUUUUUUUUAACUUUCGCUUUUCCCUAAACCCUAAUUUUCCCUUGGUGAUCUGCUUUCCGUUUCUUUAAUUCCUUUUCUUACAAGAAAAUGAACUUUUAAGAAUUGUUUUCCGAAAUUUGCAUCUCAGCAUUUGUAACCUUUUUGGCACUUCAAUUUUUCUAUUUUUAAAUAUUCUUGAGUAAUCAAUCGGCAAUUCCUUUCAAAAGAAAAUGAGACAAUGAGCUAUUGAAGCGAUAUAUAUAUAUAUAUAUAUAUUCCUUUAAUUGGUUCUUUGUUCGUUUAUUAAACCCUGACAUGUGGGGUGGAAGUGAAAAGGCUCUUUUUGUUGCUUCGUCGCUGCUUGGUUAGCUAGUUGAGUUGGGGUUUUCCGGGGCAUAUGUCUGCAUGAUACGAUGGUUAAACUACAUUGAAUUCGUAUCCUAAAUUUUGACAAGAUAUUUGAUUUUUUUAAAUAAUCGAGUGUAGUAGUAUCAGUUUUGUUAGUGGUAUGGAUGGGGGUAAGCAAAAUUUUUUCAAGACGCGUCCCAGCUUCCAGUUUAAGAGGAAAGGGGGAAACAAGAGAGGAAAGUGGAAUAGUUCAAGCCGUGAACCAUCGUCAGGGAAUUCUCAACCCGGUGAUACAGUAUAUCGUAUACUGUGUCCUUCUAGAAAAAUUGGGGGUGUUAUUGGAAAAGGUGGAAACAUAGUCAAGACCCUGAGAGAGGCAACCCAGGCAAAGAUUACGGUAGCUGAUUCUGUUCCUGGCUCUGAUGAGAGAGUAAUUAUUAUAAACAGUUCUCCUACAAGGAUUUCAAGUAAACAGAGUACUGAUGAAGAUUCAGCUGAGAAUAAUGAACAGGUGCCCAUGCAGCUGCAUUGUGCUGCACAGGAUGCUUUGUUGAAAGUUCAUGACAGGAUUGUAGAGGAAGAUCUUUUCGGCGGAGUGACAUUCGACGAUGAUAAUGAUAACAAUGUUGUUACAGCAAGACUUCUAGUUCCAACCAAUAUGGUAGGAUGUCUUUUAGGAAAACGUGGUGAUGUUAUUCAAAGAUUGCGAAGUAAGACAGGAGCAAGCAUUCGUAUUCUUCCUGCAGAACUCCUUCCCUCCUGUGCCAUGAGCACUGAUGAAUUGGUGCAGAUAUCUGGAAAGCCUGAUGUGGCAAAGAAGGCACUUUAUGAAGUGUCCACCUUAUUGCAUCAGAAUCCACGCAAGGACAAUCCUCCUCCAAAUUUUCCAUUGCCUUAUGGGGGCCAAGGAUAUCCACCUCCAGGAACUCCCAUGCCUAAUAUGCUUCCUCCUGGUAAUCCAAUGUGGCCUCAUCGGAAUUCUUCUUCCCAUGGUAUGCCACCAAUAACUUGGACUGGGGGAUUUGGAAAUCAGCCUUCUGGAUUUAUGCCAGCUUGUAUCAAUGGUGGUCCUACUGGACGUGGUGGUGAAGCUUCAACUGAAUUUUCAAUGAAAAUUUUGUGCUCAGCUGAGAAAAUUGGUGGGGUGAUAGGCAAGGGAGGUUUUAAUGUAAAACAGUUACAGCAGGAAACUGGAGCCAUUAUUCAUGUGCAGGAUGCAUCACCUGAGGCAGAUGAACGUGUGAUUUGUGUUUCUGCUGUUGAGGUUCUUUGGAGCCCAAGAUCCCAAAUCAUAGAAGCGGUUCUUCAGCUUCAGAACAAAACAAGUGAGUUCUCUGAGAAAGGUGGUAUUACUACUAGACUUCUUGUUCCAUCAAGUAAAGUUGGUUGCAUCCUUGGACAAGGGGGUCAUGUAAUCAAUGAAAUGAGGAGGAGAACCCAGGCAGAUAUUCGUGUUUAUUCCAAGGAAGAGAAGCCCAAAUGUGCAGCUGAAGAUGAAGAACUUGUACAGAUAUCUGGAAAUUUUGGAGUUGCUAAAGAUGCUUUGGCAGAAAUUGCAUCAAGACUUAGGAUAAGAACUCUGCGAGAUGCAAAUGCUGGAGCAGAGCAUACACCUAUUGGCCCUGCACAAGGAUUUGGUCCUGCCAGAGGCUUACCUAGUGGACCCCCACUACCUCGUUCUGUUGGAUUUCGUGGUUCAAAUGGAUAUGACCCUUUAGAGGUUGGACGUGAAUAUGAACCUCCAAGUUAUCCUGUUCCCCCAGCUGCUCCUGGAUACCCAAAUGCCAACUGUACUUUAGAGGGUAAGAUUGCAACGAAUGCAGUAGGUCCUAUUAUUGGAUUGGGAGGACGCAGCAUCUCCAAUUUUGGUGAGGUUGGUGGAGCAAGAGUAAAGCUCCUAGAUUCUCAAAGUGAUGGCUCUGAAUGAGCUGUCGAGAUCUGUUCUUCACAGCAUUUAAAUGCAGCCCGGAGUAUCCUUCAGGCUUUUAUGGCUUCUGCUGGUCAAAACACAAAUCCUCAUCAUGGAUCCUAUGAAAACAUGAAUUCUCAUCAAGGAUCCUAUCAUAGCGUUAAUACUCAACAAAGUCCCUACCAAAGGAAUACUCAAGAAAGUUCCCACGAAAUGAAUGCUCACCAAAGCCCCUAUCAAUUGAAUCCUCAACAACGCGCAUAUACCAAUAUCAGUGCUUCACAAGGUGCCUACCACUUUGGUACACAGCAAGGCGCAUACCAAUACUAACAACGAUUUGGUUCUAUUUGUACCAUAUUAUAGAUAGGUAUAUCAUGUUUCUUAAUGCCAGGAUUAUUCCUGGCAUAAGAAUUUUCUACGAGAUGUAGGUUACUUUUGUCACAUUCCCUUCUGAGUUUCCUUCUGGGUUUUAGCUAAACUUCUUGGAGGAAUUAUAACAUAUUCUCACAGUACAGUAUUCUAGUAGAUAUAAAUCCAUAUACAGACGUCUGUAUAGACAUUGAAUGUUGGUGUGAAGAAUUUUCUGACCCGCGAAUACAAUCAAAACAUGGUAUAAAGUUGUUAUU